GUUUCUAGCCAAUGAAAUUCGGGGACGCUGGAUUCUCAAAUGAAACGCUGCAGCCCCUCAACCAGCCGUCAGUUUCAUAGAAACCUCAGAUAUCUGAGGAAAGUUUGGACUCGGUGGCGUGCAGUUUGGCCGAGCCUCCUCUGUCAGCGCCCCAUUUCCUCCCCAAGCUGCGGUGUUGUGCUCGGUCGCAAAGUUAAUGACGGUUGCUGACGGAGGCACCUUAGCGCUCAUCAUGCCAGUCCGAGCGGAGUGCUACAGAGCGACCGGCUCGGCCUGCCCGUCCUCGGCCUCUCUUGUUCCCCCUGCCCCGAUCAACACCCACCAGCCGGGGGUGGCCACCUCGCUCCUGUACAGCGGCUCGCAGUUUCGCGGUUACCAGAAGAGCAAAGGCAACUCCUACGACGUCGAGGUCGUAUUGCAGCAUGUGACCGUGGAGGACUCGUAUUUGUGUGGAUACCUGAAGAUCAAAGGCCUGACUGAGGAGUAUCCCACCCUUACUACUUUCUUUGCUGGUGAAAUCAUCAGCAGAAAAAGGCCUUUUUUAACUAGGAAAUGGGACGCAGACGAGGAUGUGGACCGAAAGCACUGGAGCAAGUUCCAGGCUUUUUACAAGUACGCCAAAAACUUCAACUCGGACGACUUUGACUACGAAGCCCUGGAAAACAGUGAUUAUAUCUUCAUGAGGUGGAAGGAGCAGUUUCUAGUUCCGGACCACACCAUCAAAGACAUCAGCGGGGCCUCGUUCGCCGGCUUCUACUACAUUUGCUUCCAGAAGUCCACAGCCACUAUUGAAGGCUUCUAUUACCAUAGGAGCUCAGAGUGGUACCAGUCUCUAAGCCUAAACCAUAUUCGAGAGCACAGUAUGCCUAUUUAUGAAUUCCGGUGACAUGAAUGCACAGGAACAGUGAGUGAAGUAAGGGACAGCUCCUUCUGCCCUGCGCUUAAAUGGGAUGGGAGGGCCUUUGAAUGCCAAGGACCCGAGGUGACCGGUUUUCCUCGCCACGCUGGAAAAGAAACGAGUGGUCAGAAGCUCUUCUGCUGCAGCGAAGGAAAGAAGGCACAGAGGAGGAAGAGGGGGAAAGAUCAGUGAGAUGUGGCCAGCUCUCACAGUCGCCGCAGAGAUGAAUUGAAAACUUAAUUCGUCUUUGAUUUCUUUUUGUAUGUUUUUUUUUUUUUAAUAUUCCACCUCAUUUAUUUGCACUCAAAUCUGUCUCUGUAGUCGGACAUCAAAAUACAUCCUUAAGGGGAAUAAACAGAAAUGGCUUUCAAUUAGGGGGCUGCAGAAGAAAGAAUAUAUAAAUUAUAAAGCUGUGUGGGAAGAUGCUUUUCUUAAAUGAGAGUUUAUUUAUUUUCGUUUUAAAUAUCCAGUAUCUUUAUUAAUCUUUUAAGCCCCAAAGUGAUUAAUGGUGGCGCUGAGGUCGGAGGAGACACUACGAUGAGCAAGAAUCUAUUUUUUUUUGUUGAUUGUUCAGGGAUGGUAUGUUCGUUUAUGAUGUUAAGACAAUAUAAUAUAGAUAUAACUGCAACGCUGACAGUGAUAGAGAUAGAACUGACAGAGAGAACGGGUCUUUUAUAAGCCGCAACUACUUCAUAUCAGAUGUUCUCUAUGCAAGCCAAAGAUCACUUGAUGGGUAGAAUUCCUUAAGCCGUCUACAUUUUUUUCUGGCCGUGGCACAGUGCCGUGUUCUGAUCCUUUAUAUCGAUCUUUUUAAUUAUGUUUUACUGCCGAUAAUGGAUUGCUUCCUCGGUGGGGAGUGUGAUAUUAUUAUUAUAUUGAUUGGAAACCAUGUGAUUCAUGGAGAGUUACACGAGAGGGUGACGGAGGAUAUGCUGCCUUACUACUUGAAAUGUUUGUAAGUGGUUUUUUUAAGAUGGACAG